GAAAACGAAAGUAGAGAAAUUCCAAGCACUGACUAGCCUACGUAACAAAUAAGGGAGGAAGAUUUUCAAAUGAUCAUAAUUAGAUGUUACAGUGCAUAUGAACAAUAGGCCUAGGGUCUUGUUGACGCUUUAGUAUGUGUAGCAGAGAAUCUUUAUCAAGACGAUGUGUUCUCGUAAAAGAGGUCCAUGAUGAAGUCGAUGAAAACUGUCUGACUAGCUGUGUUCAGGGAGUAGAAAGCUGUCAGCGCCAUAACGAACUCAGUCUUGGGAAAGGCGAAAUAAGAUGGAUUGUGUUACUAACAACUGAAAGUGCUGCAGAGAAACUAAUCAGAGAUGGACAGGUCACUCUGAUUUCAAAUGGACAGGAGUGGAAUUGUCCAGUUGGAGGCUGUCCGGAAUGUAUUCUUCCUGAUGAGUGGGUGGAAAAUUGCUCAACCAGAUCAAAUGCUUCAUUUUUCUCGGAUGAACUGCAGGAUAGUAUAGGCAUGGAGAGCACGAGAUGUAGAGAAGAGGAAGGAAACCAUUCUUAUCUAGAUGGAGCGGUGAAAUGUGACUCAAUGAUGCAAGGCUCAGAUGACUACACAAAAGUGGAAAAACCAGGAGAAAUGGAAAGUCAGGACACCUACAUUCCACCAUUUGCUAUUCCAGCCAUUUCUUCUCCUGUUUGCAAGUUAGACUUAGCAGACUCUCAUAUAUACACUAGACUUCAGUCGCAACAAUCACGACAAGAUAUGGAAUUAACAAACAUGGAAUCACUCGAAGAAAUGCAAAACCACCCUCCAGUUCCACUUCCCCGGAGGACGGAUAAAUCCGUGUCUCCACAUGUUAGUGACUCAGUAAAUGUGGGAAUGUCUGAGAGUGCCAAACGGCGAGAGGAUGACGAGAACCCUUAUCAUACCAUUGAUGAUAAUGCUUUGAAGUCGCAUAUUGGGGGCCCUGAUGAACCACCUCCUGUACCCCAGAGGACACGUGGAUCUCAGAGAAAGGAAGUGUUGUCUUCAACUUACAUGGAACCAAUGACAAGGAGUCAGCUUGAUGUAGUCAACGAGAGUACAAGUGUACCAACAGAGCAAUUAGAUAGAAACCAAACACCUGGAGCUAGUAUGGAUGAUGGAGUUUUGCGAUCACAAAAUGUUGAUCAUGAUGCAUCACCCCCUGUACCUCAAAGGAUGAACAGAACUCAAAGCAAGGAAGUGUCUUCUUCAGCUUACAUUGAAUCAGUGCCAAGUAGACAACCUAAGACAGAUAUCAAGAGUGAUGAUCAGGAUACUGUUUUAUACGUUAAACAAUCUUCGGAACAUUUCUCUAGUCUAGGUACUAGUCACAGCAAGCAGACAACCUCGGACAUUGUGGUAAGUGACGGAAGGAUACCAGGGGGUCAGGCAGAAGCACAAAUAUCAACCGGUCAGAGAGCAGCACCGAGAGAUUCUGCACAAAUAUCAACCAGUCAGAGAGCAGCACCGAGAGAUUCUGGAUAUCCUUUAGAACGAGGACACGGAGAGCCUGGUUAUCUGAGAACAUCAUGUAAAGAGUCAGGUGACUCAAAAACAACCCACCAAAUGUCAGACAUAAACCAAGGUACAGGUAGCCGAACACCCAGAAAAGAAAUGUCCAGCAAUGGAUUGUACGAGAAUUUGAACUUGUUAAGACAGCCAGUGCAUAGUCAACAUGCAUCAGAACAAGAUGUAAGGUCAAGUAGACCUGACAAUGCAAGUGGCAUCCGAGGGACAGGAAGCACCACAGAAGAGACAGAAACAAAACAUGUAGAGACACCAGGAAAUACACCACCACAUUUAAUGCAGAUAAAUCCAGCUCUUAUGGCUCCACAAGGACAGCCUGGUGUGGGUUUUAACCCAGCAAUGAUUCAAAAUUUCAUGAUGAUGAAUCCUCAGACACAUGGCUUAAUGCCACCAGGCAUGAUGAUGGGAACACAAGACCAGCAACACACUGCACAGUUUCCUGCAUAUCCACAGUUUCCUCAUUUCCCAAUGCCAAAUUUCCCCUUUCCGCAGCUGCCAACUCAAGAGCGGUUUCCUAUGCCUGAGCCGCAGAUUCCAGGGACACACCCUGGAGGAGAGAGAGUUCCCGAGGCUAGGAGAGAGCCACCAGUAAAACCACUCACUGGAGGAGAGAGAGUUCCCGAGGCUAGGAGAGAGCCAGCAGUAAAAUCACUUACUGAUGCAAAACAGUCAGGGAGAGAUAAACAGCGAGCACCCCCCAAAGAUGAUGAAACAAUUACUGGAGCUGCUGUGAGUGAGAAUUCGUUUGAUACGAUCAGAGUAAGACUUGUACAGCCAUCGUCACAGGAUGCCUUAGAGAACUAUUUCGAGAACCACAAGAGGUCUGGGGGAGGUGAUAUUAAUUCUGUUACGUCCAUUAAAGAGGAAAAUGGAAAGAUCAAGGAAGCUUUAAUCACAUUUACAGAGUCAAAAGAUGCCAGGAGCUGCUUACAGAAAACACAUACAUUAGGUGGCAAGUCAGUAACAGUGGAAAAAUAUGACCCAAAUGACCCUGACCAGUGGGAAAUGAACAAAGUACUGGUGACAGGAGUGAGUCAUGUCACUACUAACGACACACUGAUAAACUUCCUGGAGCCAGCUGCUGGGGUCGAACCUCUUGAAGUGGUUAGAGGAACAAAACCUAGCACUGCCAUUGUGGUCUUUGAUGAAAAACCAGAUUUUGCAAAAAUGUCAAAACGGUGCAAGUCGAAACAACUAGAUGGCAAUACUUUGUUCAUACAAAUGGUGGAAAAAUGUAGAUCGGUUUAUGUCGGAAACAUUGAUGAAAGCAUCACCUACGACACAGUGGAGAAUUUUUUCUGUAACAGGAGAAGAAGUGGAGGUGGAGACGUUAAAGAUGUGAAUUAUAAUCCAAAUGACGGAUACUAUAUCGUUCAUUUUGAAAAUCCAUCAGAUGCAGAAAAUGUGGCUCAGAGGAAAAUGUUCACAAUAAAUGGAAAAGAAAUAAAUGUGGAAAUUUUUCAUCCUUGUCUUGGGUUGCCAGAGCAACCAAUUGUUUGGGAGGACCUUCCCUGUGUCAGUGUUGACUGUGAUAAGCAUGUCUUGAAAUUCAUCAAAAGUUGUAAAGCAGUAUGCAGUGAAAUUGAAUUGGCAUUGCAGAAGAGGUUUGUUCGAGUUGAAUGGCCCAAGUCCAAAUCAGACAUGAAUGUCAAGCUGUUGUGCACAGUAACUAAAGAUAUGGAAAAUGCUAAAAGUAUUCUGAAAAACUGGAAAGAAGAUGCAAAGAAAGAGAUGGAAAGCAAACUGGAAAAAUUGAUGGCACAAAAGCACUCCGUUUUACCAGACGCGUGGAAGAGUUUUGUUGCACAGCUUAAAACACUGAACAUUGACCAGCCAGAAAAAGUUGCUGUUUUAUUAGAAAGCAAAGAAAAUGUAGUUAUUGUUGUUGGAUAUGAGGAAAAUACAGAAGCAUUAACUCGAAAAAUCUUAGAUCUCAUUAAUACUGAAGAGUCUGCAGUUCAAAGUCAAAAAGAGAAGAUCUCAAAAUGUGUUGAUUUAAGCUUUCACAAAUGCCAGCAACUUUGGAAGACACAUUUUGGGAAAAAAAUAAAAGAUGAUUUUCCUAAUGUUGAUGUAAGUGUUGAAGUUAACAAACAUGAGGUAAACUUUGUUGGUAAACCACGAGAAGUUAAUGAAGCUAUGAUAAAAAUGCAUGAAUAUUUGAUGAAUACAAAAUCAAAGUCUUUAACCAUCUCAAAAGGGAGACACGAGUUGUUUUCUAAGAAGCAUGUGCGAGAUCUUUUUAUUGCCAAGUUGAAAAGUAAAAAUAAUAAGGCUGUCUGGAAUGUGAAUCAAGACAAAAUAGAAAUGACAUCAUCAAAUAUCAAAAUGGUGGAAGACGCAUUGAAAAUAUUUGUAGAAUUCAUUCCAGAGAAAGGUAUUAAAGUGCAAGGGCUUGUGAAAAUUUUAACAACAGCAGAAUGGCAAGCUUGCAUUAAGCAGAUGCGAGAAUCCCAUGGAGAAGAAGUACAUAUUUUGUCGUCUGCUUCUGAAGUGUGUGUCACAGCCAUAGAAAGUGUUUUUCAGACUGCUUUGGAGAAAGUUGAACAAGUUUUAGAGACCUGUUCUAAGAAAUGCAGUGUGGAUCGCAAGGUUGUAAGGUUGACUGAAAUACAGUUCAAUUACCUGAAAUAUUUUGGGGAAAAACAGAUGAAGCAAAUAAAAGAAAAUGCACAUGAGCAAGAGUUGGAAAUCAAAAAAACCCAGGAAGAUCAUUCUAUAGAGGUCGUGGGCAAUGAAGAGGAGGUUAGAAAAGCCAAUGACAAAUUGAGGAAAUUUGUUAAUGAACUUAAGGAAGAUACUCACAGUGUAUCACGACCGGGUGCUAAGACAUUUUUUAACUCGGUGAAAGGAAUAGAAAAUCUGAAAAGCACUGGAAAAGCAACAUUCUGCAUCAUCAUGAAUAAAGAUAAAGUAAAGCAUGUAGAAAAGAGGGGAAGUGGGUCAUUUGAAGGACAUCAAAGAUGGUCAAAACCAAAAUUACCAGUCAAGGUGGCAGAAUGCAAAUUAUUACCCAGUGAUAAGAAAUUUAUUGUGAUGAAAGGUGAUGUUACAAAGUUGAGAGUUGAUGUCAUUGUGAAUGCAGCCAAUGGGGAUUUAGACCACUGUGGGGGACUGGCACUGGCUAUUUCCAAAGCAGGAGGACGUUCCAUACAAGAAGAGAGCACCGCGUACAUGAAAUCCAACAUUACAGUUCCAGACGGGGAUGCAGUCCCAGCGAGACCCGGUUCUCUCCCCUGUAAGAUGCUGAUUCAUGCUGUGGGACCACGAUGGCAGGGAGGAAAUAAUGAAGAGGAAGUCAAGCUCAGGAAAGCCAUUAUAAAAUGCUUGGAGUUAGCAGACAGAAAUGGAUAUUCUUCCAUUGUCAUCCCUGCUCUCAGCGCGGGAAUUUUUGGAUACCCUGUGAGCCAAUCAGUGGAUACCAUCAUCAGUUCUAUUCAGUUUCAUUUCAAAUCCCGGGAGGGUAAAUCAUCCAAGCUAGAAGAGAUCUUUUUCUGUGACGUGGAUGACAGUAUUACUAUGGCGUUUAUGAACUGCUUGAAGAGAAAGUUUGGACAGGAACUUAGAGAAUUUGAUGGAGAUGAUGUUCAUCAAUCGCCAGUGCAGGGUGAUGAUUCAGAAGGAGAGGAGAGCAGGUUUUCGUCAAGUGAUAGAAAGAAAACGUGGAAAAUUCAAGUCAUCAGUGGAGAGUUGGCGAAAAUGAAGGUGGAUGUGAUCGUAAACUCUGUGGACAAGUCCUUGGAUCUAUCUAUUGGAGCAACAUCCAAGAGUCUAUUCCACGCUGGAGGAGAAGCUCUUCAGAGUGAGUGUAGAUUGAAAUAUAAAGACGGCAUUCAGCCCGGAGAAGUGGCUAUUACCAAAGGAGGCCACCUCAAGUGCAGACAAGUGUAUCAUGGGACAAUAAAACGCUGGGACCACUACAAGGGGGAUGCGUUUGGAACAUUAAAAGGUUUUGUGGAGGAAUGUCUACGUUUGGCAGACUUGAAUCACAUGGCUUCCAUCGCAUUCCCAGCUCUCGGAACUGGCAGACUCGGCUACCCAGCUGAUUUAAUCGCAAAGACAAUGUUCAGUUGUUGUAGAGAGUUCCAUCGCCAAAACAGAUACAGCACUCUGAAAGAAAUAUUCUUUGUGAUAUAUCAUAAAGAUACAGAAAUUUUCCAAGCUUUCCAAACAAAGGAGUCAGAAAAUGAAAGUAGAGGUGCAGAAGGACAGUCUGAUCCUAGAUACAGGCGAGAGCGGCCUAAAUCCACAGGUACAGGCAGUGGUGACAGGAGUUGGAAAUUGCAUAAAUUGAAUGUCGAGAUCAGGCAGGGGGACAUAACUCAAGAGAGGACAGAUGCUGUUGUCAACAGUGUUACCGAGAGUAUGGAUUUAAAUAAAGGAGCUGCCUCUAAAGCUAUUCUCCAAGCAGCUGGUAACGGCAUACUGGCAGAAUGCAAGAGAGGAGCCCAGAAUUUUUCAUCGGAGGGUUAUGUUGUGUCAUCUGGAGGUAGAAUGUUCUGUAAAUACAUCAUUCACGUGAAGGCUCAGAAGUUAGCAGAGGGUUGGGAACGCAUGGUCUCCAAGGCAUUGGCUCAUGCUGACAAAACAGGAUGUUCCUCCAUUUCCUUUCCAGCACUAGGAACAGGGGUGAGAAGCAGUGACCCUGCCGAGAUUGCUAAAGCCAUGUUUAAAGCCAUGAGGAAGUUUAAUCCGGAGACCCUGCACACUGUGAGAGUGAUCAUUUUCCAGAAAGAUAUGGUAUCAGUUUUCCUGUCCACCCUGAAGACUCUCCCUCAGGGAAUUUUUACCCAGGCUAAGGAUUUCAUAUCAGGAAAGUAUAAAGAUGUUGUGGGGGAUGAUGAUGAAGAUGAAAACGGGGACACCAGAAGACAUUGGCAACAUCAGAGUCAUGGCAACAGAGGACAUGGCAGUCAUCACCAUGGUGACAGACAUGGCAGUUAUCACCAUGGUGACAGCAAGGUCACUUUUCUGAUUCUGUCCAACUCCAGAGAUAACAUUACAAAAGCCAAAAGCAAGUUAGAUGAAGUACUCGACAGUGAAUGCAGCAGAACAACCAUUGAUAUAUCUAAGCACACUUUAGCUGAAAAACAGAUAGAAGAAAUUAAAAGAAUAACAAAAGGCACAGAAAUAACUGUCAAUGGAAAUAAAAACAUUGUGAUUGAGGGUCCAAAAACAGAAGUGAAUGAUGCAGCCGUGGCAAUUUAUCAAUAUCUUCAAAAAAUGAAGGACAGAGAGAGUGCCCAGACUAUCCAAAAAUAUGUCAAAUGGCAGUAUGAAGUCUCGGCAGAUAAAUGGAUGGCAUUCCGAGAUGAGGUCAACUACCAGCUGGAGACAGCAUACCAGAGGAAGGACAGAAACUGUACUAUAAAGGACAGGACGGGAACGGAAUACAUUAUUGACUUCAAAAACAUGGAGGAAUAUGAAAAAAAUAAAACGAGCAAAAAGUACAAAGUUCAAAGACUAGAUAGAGGAGAGAGAGGAAUGUCUUCUGUUGGGGUGCCAGCUAAAUGGACUCCUAUGAAAAGUAAACAGACCAUGGUGGAAAUUUCCUUGAAACCUGAUGGCAGCGAAUACAAGCAGGUUCUUGCAAAGUUCCAGGCCUCCAGCCAGGGCUCAGUCAGUGUGGCAGAGAAACUGAGCAGGAAGCUACAGACCGGCUUGUCUGCUACGUAUGAGAUGUCCAGCAUAGUAGAGAUAAGAAGAGUACAGAACCCAUUUUUGUAUCAACAAUAUGCUGCCAAGAGAAAAGAAAUCCAAGUGAAGAAUGGGAAAGACCCCCAGCAGUGGUUAUGGCAUGGAACAUACGGUGACACUGUGGACAAGGUCAUCAACAAUGGAUUUAACAGGAGUUACUGUGGAAGACAUGGUACCGCAUAUGGAGCUGGUGUGUAUUUUGCUGUGAAUGCGUCGUACUCUCUUGGCUACUGUCGGGCAGACUCCAAUGGACACAAGCACAUGUUCUCUGUCCAAGUCGCCACUGGUGAUGCAUGUCAGGGAAGUGGUGCCAUGAAUGUACUCCCACCAAAACCAGGGGCAGGAAAUCAUGUGACUUAUGACUCUUCCUCCGAUAAUCCUUCAAAUCCAGUGAUGUAUGUGAUAUUUCACGACAGUCAGGCAUAUCCCGCUUAUCAUAUUAUAUUCAAAUAACUGGGAAUAGCCACAGAACAAAGCAAUGAAAAAAAACCCCAAUAUACAGAGACAUCUUUAACUGUUUGAAUUAUACACACAGGGGGCUGUUUUCCUCUAAUCUAUUCAUUUGCCACAGCAAAGUCUCAUUUACUGUAUGUGGGUCAUGCACAAAAAAGACUAAGAGUUUGUACAUGAUCAAAUGAAAUAUUUUAUUGUAUAGGUUAGAUAUUCGAAUGCUCUAAUGAGAUAUUUUGUUGUAUAGGUUAGAUAUUCGAAUGAUCUAAUGACAUGUUUUCUUGUAUAGGUUAGAUAUUCGAUGAUUUAAUGAGAUGUUUUCUUGUAUAGGUUAGAUAUUCGAAUGCUCUAAUGAGAUAUUUUCUUGUAUAGGUUAGAUAUUCUUUAUAAUAGGCACAAAACAUCGGUGCUGUAGAUUGUUUUUAUCAGAGACAACAGUAAAGAUAAAGAUUUAAAAUAUGCUUGCGUUGUGGCAGCUUUUAAAUGUAGAAGAAAUCAGUUUUAGAAACAUUGGCUCAAUAACAAGAAUGAAGUAUGCGUGAUUCUACCAGUUGCUGCAAAGAUAAAGGAAUGCCGCAGUCAUUAUUCUAUGAUAUACCUUCAUACGUAAUAACUGAUUAUGAGAAAAUGGAUACAGAUCUUGCUUGUGCUUCAUGUUUUGCUGAUACAGCAUUAAAGUCGAUAACUGAUAAUUAAAUUUUUAUAAUCAUAAAGAUUAACCAAUAUAAGAUGCAAAACAAAUUUAUAAAUGAUUGAAGAACAUUUGUCAUUCCCUAUAAUUCAAUCGUCUGCAUUUCGAGAUCAAUGCACAUGUAAACAAUCAUGUCAAUAUACAAACAAGGUAACCCUCUGUCAAGUAUGUGUAGUUUUCUUGGACUGUAUAUUCAAAGGAGCUGAUAUAAUCCGUUAACAUCAAACUAAAUACUUGAAAUAUUUUUCAAAAUAGACCUCUACCACUCACCUUUUUCAUCAGCGAAAAAAACAGCAACAAAAAAAAAAAAAAAAACCACAUUCAGGCAUAGUCUGCCAUGACGUCACAGUGACCUAAUUUGUAGUAGAACAGAAAUAAAUUUCUUGUUUUCGUGGAUGAUGCGGGAUGACCUACUCAGUCUUGAAAUGUUGUUUGAAAUAUGAAAGACUCUGCUAAUGCCUUGUCAUUUAUUUUUCAAAGCAACAUUUCUCAACCCCUGAGGUUAUCCUGCAACAUACACAAAAAUGCGAUUUUUAUUUCUUAAAUGAUAAAAGAUGCAGAAGUGCAUUUAUACUAAUCAAUUCAAUAUUAUUACAGUUUUAAUUGAUUUGAUGUAUGUAGGAAUUGUAUAGCAAAUCGAAAUUCAUCUCAAACCAGAAAAUGUGACAUUUUAUGAAUAAAACAAAGCAGUCAUUGUUUUUGCUUUUAAAUAAAACAAUAUCCAAGAACUGUUGAAAGAUAAAAUAUAUAUUUAAUUCAAAUUUCAGUGUUUUGUGGUGCAAAUCCAAAGCAUUAUUUGCAACCUAUUUCAUGCCCUUUCUUGUUCUUUGAUGUCAGAUAUUGAGCAUGUUAUCGUAUGUUGACUGUCAUUUUUGACAAAAAAGUAUUUUAAGCGCCUGGCAUUGUUUGUUGAAACCCAUUAUAUAGUUUUUGAUUCAAGUUAUUUUCAUCUCGCCUUUUGAAAAUCAGUAAUUCAAUUAGAAAAGUAUUUAUUUAUUUCAUAGAAUGAUACAAAAAUGAAUUAUUGAUAUUGAUUAUUGAAUUCCCAUAUUUCUAAAGAAACAAGUCUAGUUUGAACGUUUAGCUCACCUGGCCAAUCACUUUACGUCCGUUAUAUGUCAGUCGUUGGCAUCUAAUAUCCUCUUCUCUUGAACAGAUAAAUCCACAGUCACCAUAUUCUCACUUCAGACCUAUCUAAAUCCUGUGUCUUUAUGGUGUUAUUUUGUUAAGUGUAACUCUAGCUUCUCUGUACCUUUGCAAAAAUGUGUGUAUAAAAUUAUCCUUACCAAAUAGACAUAAAUUGUCCAAAAAAAAACACACCAAAGACAGACUUAAGUUUCGUAUUUCAUUGUUAAAAAUUCUGUUGUUUGGUAUGACAUUGUCUGUGAUACAAAAAGUUUGUAAGAAAUACAGUAUCUACAAGUAUUGUUUCAAUAAACACCUACUCAGAGAC